GCCUCGCAGUUACUCCUCAGGGGAUCGAGGCGCACGGACAGAAGCUGCGCAAGAAACCGAGGACAAAGGAAAGCUGUCGCUCCACGGGCUCUUAGACACCUGGGUUUCGGAGCUUUACGACACACCUCCCCGGAGCCACAACGCGGCCUUCGCUCUAGCGACGGCGGGGCAACGGACACAGCUGACCCCAAGAACUUCAACAGCUUAGGAGGCACUGCGAUGAUGCAGUCGAGCACAGAGACGGAGACGACGGCCCCGAUGACGCCCAGCCCGGUGUUGGCCACACCAGGCCUGAAUAAUCAGGCCUGGAAUCGCCAGCAAGCCGUCAGCGUGCGGCACGCCUUCAAAACCUACGGCAGCAGCAAAAAUCCUAACCACGUGAUACAGAACCUCAACAUGACCGUAGCCAAGGGCUCUAUCUAUGGUUUGCUGGGCGCCAGCGGUUGUGGAAAAACGACGCUUCUAUCCUGCAUCGUCGGCAGGAGGCGGCUCAACUCCGGGGAAAUUUGGGUCCUUGGAGGGAAACCCGGUACCAAGGGCUCGGGAGUACCGGGCAAGCAAGUCGGUUACAUGCCCCAGGAAAUCGCCCUGUAUGGCGAGUUUACCAUACGCGAGACGAUGAUGUAUUUCGGCUGGAUAUUCGGCAUGUGCACCUCCGAAAUUGUGGAGAGGCUCAGGUUCCUUCUGCAGUUCCUCGAUCUGCCAUCCCAGAAUCGUCUCGUCAAAAAUCUUAGUGGCGGUCAGCAGAGACGAGUUUCCUUCGCAGUGGCUCUCAUGCACGAUCCAGAGCUUCUUAUUUUAGAUGAGCCAACGGUCGGCGUCGACCCGCUUCUCCGACAAAGUAUUUGGAAUCACCUGGUUCAAAUCACCAAAGAUGGCAAUAAAACAGUUAUAAUUACGACGCACUACAUCGAGGAGGCACGACAGGCCCACACGAUCGGUCUGAUGCGAAGUGGUAGGCUGCUUGCCGAGGAAUCACCCCGGGCCCUUCUCCAGAUGUACAACUGCCCGUCAUUGGAGGACGUAUUCCUGAAGCUGUCGAGGAAGCAGGGAUCGUAUCCCCAACCCACCACAGAGCUCAACAUCUCCAACAACAUAAGUCUCGCAUCCUUAAAUUGGGGCAAGAAAGACGAACCGGUUUACGUCACGGAGGAGUCUGGAGUGGUCGGUCUUAACUUUCAUCAGAGCAAAGAAGUUCUCAUUCAUGAUACGAGCAAUGGAGUUGGCAGCCAUUAUGACCUCAACGGAAAGUCACUAUCAGGUAUUAAAGAAUCAACGGUCGAGUGCGAAGACUGUAACUUCUCGGACUGCUACAAGGUCACCAGCCCAGGGAAGAUCAGGGCCUUGCUGCAAAAGAAUUUCCUACGAAUGUGGAGGAAUGUUGGGGUUAUGCUGUUCAUCUUCGCGCUGCCGGUGAUGCAAGUCAUACUCUUCUGCUUAGCCAUCGGUCGAGAUCCGACAGGUCUCAAGCUCGCCAUCGUCAACCACGAGAUGAGCUGGGAGAACAAGAGCUGUCCAGUCUUUGAAGAUUGUACCUUCACUUUUCUCAGCUGUCGAUAUCUGAAGUUUCUCGAUAACGAAACAAUGAUAAAGGAAUAUUACCCAGAUCCCGAGUCGGCCAUGGAAGCGGUUCGGAAAGGUAAAGCGUGGGGCACUUUGUACUUCACGGAGAACUUCACGGAUGCUUUGGUUGCAAGGAUGCUUCUUGGAAAGGAAGCCGACGAAGAAACUCUUGAUCAGAGUGAGAUCAGGGUCUGGCUUGACAUGUCCAAUCAGCAGAUCGGCUUGAUGCUUGCUCGUAACCUACAAUAUUCAUACAGGGAUUUUGCGAAGAAUUUACUAUCAACUUGUAACCAGAAUUCGAAACUCGCAGAUGUCCCAAUUCAGUUCAAAGAUCCGAUUUACGGAUCUAAUGAGCCAAGCUUCACGGAUUUCGUUGCUCCCGGUGUCAUAUUAACCAUCGUAUUCUUCUUGGCGGUGGCACUGACGUCGUCUGCCUUAAUCAUUGAGAGGAUGGAAGGUCUAUUGGACAGAAGUUGGGUAGCCGGCGUUUCACCCGGUGAAAUUCUCUUUUCUCACGUUGUAACACAAUUCGUCGUUAUGUGCGGGCAGACGGCGCUCGUGCUGAUCUUUAUGAUCCUCGUCUUUGGUGUUCAAUGCAAAGGCGAUAUUGGUUGGGUCAUCGUCCUUACGAUACUUCAAGGCUUAUGUGGCAUGUGCUUUGGUUUCGUAAUUUCGGCGAUUUGCGAACUCGAAAGGAAUGCCAUUCAACUGGCUCUAGGCAGUUUCUACCCAACACUCUUACUUAGCGGUGUAAUUUGGCCAGUGGAAGGGAUGCCGACAAUUUUGCGAUACGUUUCACAAGGCUUACCCUUGACGAUGGCGACGACCUCACUUCGUUCGAUGCUCACCCGAGGCUGGAAUAUCGACGAACCGGACGUUUACAACGGCUUCAUCUCAACCAUCAUCUGGAUCAUUGUUUUUCUGACGAUAAGCAUGCUCGUACUAAAGUUCAAGCGUGGAUAAGCGAAACAACAAUACAAUUUUAACAAUGAAAUAGCAACAGGAAACAAUGAAGUAGCCACUGAAGCGCCAUCUAUCGCGUCCCCUUCUCAUCAUAUGUACAGUGUAUCGAAUUUUCUUUUUUCUUCUUUUUUUUAUAAUCUAUAGAAAAAAGACUAUUAAGUAAUUUCGUUAUUGUAAUAUUUUUGUUAGAGUUAAGAAGAGAAAACAAGAAAAGCAGAUCGAAAAUGUAGUGGAGAUAGAGAGAUAGAGAGAGAGAGAGAGAGAGAGAGAGAGAGAGAGAGAACGAUUGACUGAGUCAGUGAGCGAGUGAAAGAAUGAAGAUAAAUAAGAGAGGAUACAGUAAGAGAGAAGGAGCGAGAUGCGGUGUGUGUGUGUGUGUGUGCGCGCG